CUUGCACUCUUGCGCCCUCCCUCUUUACUUCUUUGUCUCCCUUCUUCUUACUUCUUAUUCAUCCAUGGCGCCCAGUAGCCAUUAGACCAAUCUCUUUUCAUCCCCCCCCCCAAUUGCUGACCUCUUCAGUAUGUCCUCUUCUGUUGUCGAAGCGGCCACGGCUGGAACUUCGCCGCAUCUCCGCGUGUCCGCGGCCAAGAGCCAGGAUCCCCAGGCCACAGCACACGAUGGCCAGCCCUCCGUGAGGAUUGCGCCUCCAGAGAAGUCAGCUGUUGAGGAUCAUUUUUUCUGGACCUAUACGGAAGAGCCCCAUCGAUCGAGGCGAUUGGCUAUCAUCAAAGCCCAUCCAGAAGUCACCAAGCUCUGUGGACCGGAGCCAUUGACCAAAUAUGUCGUUCUGGGAGUCGUGUCUCUUCAAAUCCUCUGCGCCUACCUCCUCCGCAAUACUUCCAUGCUGUCCUGGAAAUUUCUCGCAACUGCAUACGUGAUUGGGGCCACUUCCAACCAGAACCUCUUCCUCGCAAUCCAUGAGAUCUCACACAAUCUUGCCUUCCGGUCCGCAAUAGCAAACAGAUUACUGGCGAUCUUCGCCAAUCUGCCCAUUGGCUUGCCCUACAGUGCUGCCUUCAGGCCCUACCACCUCACCCAUCACAAGUCCCUCGGUGUGACCGGACUGGAUACCGAUCUCCCCACCGCCGUGGAAGCCUUCUUCCUGGAUUCGCUCCUGGGCAAGGCAUUCUUCUGCACCUUCCAGAUCUUCUUCUAUGCCGUCCGGCCCAUGUUCAUCUACAGCCCGCCCUUCACAUACAUCCACCUCCUCAACCUCGCCGUCCAGCUCUCCUUCGAUUACUUCCUCAUCCAGUUCUGCGGCGGUUCCAUCCAACCCGUCCUCUACCUCCUCAUGAGCUCUUUCCUCGCCGGCUCCCUCCACCCCUGCGCCGGCCACUUCAUCGCGGAGCACUACUUCUUUUCGCAGGUCUCGCACGGUACCGAGUCCCUCCAGGAUCUCCAGAACCCGAAGGGGGAGAAGUCCACCACGGCGGCCCCGCAUCCGCUGGACUCCCUCCCGCCUCCGGAAACAUACUCCUACUACGGGCCCCUCAACUUCUUCACCUACAACGUCGGCCUACACAACGAGCACCACGACUUCCCCGCGAUCCCGUGGACCAGACUGCACGAACUGCACCGCGUCGCCAAGGAGUUCUACGAGCCCCUGCCCUGCCACCACAGCUGGGUGUGGGUGAUCUGGACGUUCAUCUUGGAUAAGAACGUGGGCAUGUGGUGUCGCGUCAAGCGAGCGCAGGGUGGUCGUCUCGUAGGAGGUGGCGGAGGUGGCAACGGUCGUGGUGGAGAGGGCAUCUCGGCUUCCUCGUCGGCUGGUCCGCAGGAAUCCGGGGAUGGAUGGAAGGAAAGCGAGAUCCAGAACUGAUUUCGCGCUCCCACCAUCUAUCUACCCGCAUCGUGUCAUUGUAUACGCCGCUUCUUUGUUGAUUGAGUGAUGGAAAUCCCGCCGCACUGCCCUUGUGCAUUAUCACCCCACUAUGUAUACCUACAAUUAGACAUGACCCGUUUGGCCUUCAGCUCUGGUUUUUUUCUCCACAGACUUCGUGUGCGGGUCUUCGAGUCAUGGUCAUGAAUAAGAUGAGAUUUUUCUGGUUCGC